CCACGAUGCCCGCGCGCACUCGUCAAGGUCCCUCCGUCGCGACGGAGGUCGUGGACCACGAAGAGAUCUCCGGUGGUCUGCGCCGUCUCAAGUUCAAUGAGCCGCUCUCCUGGCGCGUGGGACGAUCCGCCAUUCCCGUGGCCGACCUACUUCAACGAUUGCAGACUCUCGCGCAGGAGCUUCGCAAACUCGAGCAGGAGGAAAUUGACACUGAUUCACUCAAGAAGGUGUCGCAGGAGCUCGCCACCGCGCAUCUUCUGGGACACAAGGACAAGGGUGUAAGGGCAUGGACCGCCUGUUGCAUCGUCGACGUUUUGCGCCUAUGUGCUCCUGACGCGCCUUUCACCGCCAACCAACUGAAGGACAUCUUUACUUCAAUAGUCACCUCUAUCAUCCCCGCAUUAGGGGACCCGUCCAAUCCUUACAAUGCCCAGCAUGUUUACGUCCUGAAUUCUCUCGCUGAAGUCAAGAGCAUUGUGCUCAUGACCGACAUAGAUCAUCCAGACACCCUGAUCAUCCCGUUGUUCACGAGUUGCUUCGACAUCGUCUCGGGAUCCGCUAAGAACUCCACCGGGGAGGAAGUCGCCAAGAACGUUGAAUUCGAUAUGACCCGCCUCCUCGUAACGGUGAUUGACGAAACGCCCGUUCUGGCGCCCGAUGUUGUGGAUGUCAUCGUCGCGCAAUUUUUGCGCAUCGAUCCCCGCGCCAUGGAGUUGCCGAACAAGAGAGGAAGAAAAGACGAUACCCCGGUCGACGCCAAACAGGGCACGCUACUACUCAAGGACUACCCUCCCGCAUACAACAUGGCCAAGGCAAUCUGCCAAGCUUGCCCGGAGAGGAUGACGAGCCACAUCAGCCAGUAUUUCAAUAAUGUCAUCAUCGACGCUUCGGCGACUGCACCCGGCACAAACGGGUCCUCGAAGGCUGGCCACCGAAGGCCAAACCUCGAUGACUCGGAUGAGGAAGGGGAGGAUAUCAAAGAGCUGAGCAAAGCACAUCGCCUGAUCCGCGAGCUGUGGAAAGCAUGCCCGGAGGUCUUGCAAAAUGUCAUCCCCCAAUUGGAGGCCGAAUUAUCUGCAGAGUCUCUAUCCUUGCGCUUGCUCGCCACCCAGACGAUCGGUGAUCUGACGGCGGGAAUCGGGGUUGCUGGUCCACCCCCGCCUCCGCCAAUGGAUCCUGCAGCCUAUCCACCUGUGACCCUGGCUGAGUAUGCUCAGACCGUUCCUCAGCCCAGCGUUCUUCUGACGCCAUUCUCCUUAAAGCCAUUCUCCCAGAUGCACAGCUCCACCUACGAAAGCUUUCUCAGCCGGCGGCUUGAUAAGUCGGCUUCGGUCCGCGCGGCUUGGGUCACUGUCGUGGGUCGGAUUCUGCUUACGUCUGCUGGUGGUUCGGGGCUGAGCGAGAAUGAGGAGCAGAGCCUCAUCAAGAAUGUCGCGACCAUGCUUCGCGAUGCCGAUGACAAAGUCCGUGUAGCUGCCGUGGAUGUGAUCGGCAGCUUUGGCCUGCCGUAUGUGGUGAAUAAGCUUGGUGUCAGUGGGGGCUUUUCGACUCCGGAUUCAGUGUUGUAUGUCCUUGCUGAGCGAGUCAAAGACCGCAAACCGCAGGUGCGGGAGCAUGCAAUGAAGACCCUCGCCCGAAUCUGGGCUGUCGCAGCGGGCGAGAUUGAGCGGGACGAUGAAGUGGUCGCCCCUCUGCUCAAGGAUGGACCGUCCAAGAUAUUCGACGCAUUUUAUACCAAUGACCAGGACAUUCACGUCUUGAUUGACCGUGUUCUGUUCGAAAUCUUGCUGCCGCUCAAUUAUCCUCCUGUGAAGCAAAAGGGAACCCGCAGCAGCUCAACGCAAUCACAGAAGCAGAAGGGAUCCCAGGCACAGGACGCCGAUGCUGAGGUCGAUGUGGACAAGGUCCGCACCCGUCGUAUCCUGACCCUCCUGAGGGGCAUGGACGACAAGGCAAAGAAGGUCUUCUUCGCGAUGCAGGCCCGUCAGAUUUCCAUGAGGACAGCGAUGACCAUCUACUUGCAGGCCUGUGAGGAUUACAACGGUGGGGUGAUGGAGAAGGAUCAAGACCGGAUUCAAGCGCAGUUAAGCAAAGUCAUUGAGACAAUUUCCAAGACGUUCCCUGAUCCAUCCAGGACGUCCGCGGAUCUGUGGAAGUUUGCUAAAGUGCAUGACCGACGAGGCUACCAGCUGAUCCGCUUCGCCAUGGCCGCGGUCAGCGAUUAUCGGACGGUGAUCAAGGCCAUCAAAGAGCUCGCAAGGAGGAUACAGAGUGCCAACAAUACCCCACUCCUCGAGACCCUUACCCCUUUACUGUAUCGCAGUAGUUCACUCGUGUUCAACCGGAGCCACAUUCCGGCAGUCAUGAGUCUUUCAAGGACUGACGAGAAUGGAUUGGCAAACCCUGCUCACGAGAUGUUGCGAGAAAUCUCCUCUCGCAAUCCCGAGGUGCUGGAAGCGCAGGUUCAGGAGAUGUGCAAAGACCUUGAAUCCCAGGCGCCGGGCGCCACUACGAAGGAUAGCGCGGGGACAGAGGAGAUUCUCAAAGCAUGCGCCGGCUUUGCGAAGAAGUUGCCUUCUAAGCUGCCCAAGGAGCGGAAAUUCUUCCAGGCCCUCGUCAACUAUGCGCUCCACAGCCCUUCGCCCAGGGCCGCCAAACAUGCUGUUUCCAUCCUGAUGGCCGUGGCCGACAAGAAGGAGAUGUACGCCAAGGACCUAAUUGACAAGUGUGUUUCAGACUGGACUUACGGGUCUGAUCGCUUCCUUACCAAGCUCGCCACCUUGUCCCAGCUCAACCUGUUGGCAUCGAAGGAGGCGGACGAUGAGCGUGAAGCCAUCAUCUCGAUCUCAGUCAACCAGGUGCUGCUCUCGAAUCGGUCACCACAACCGAAUGCUGGAUACUCGUGGUCGGACUCUGUAGAUGACGAGACGGCUGCCAAAGAAUGGGCUCUCAAGAUCAUUGUCAAUCGUCUACGCGCUAAGGAUGCUUCGGAUGAUGCGGACGACUUCCGUGCUCAUGCCGAGCCUGUGUAUGACACCUUGAACAAACUCGUGAUGAAUGAUGGGGAACUUUCCACCAAGAAAGACACCCCAGCCACUCAGAAGCCUAGACUGCGUCUUCUCGCAGCCAGGUCGCUGCUGAAACUGUGUGCCAGCCACGGGCUUUGCGACCAAAUGCUGACGCCCAAAGACUUCAAUGCAAUUGCGCUCGUCGCACAGGACCCUGUCCUCGAGGUCCGGAGUGGAUUCAUUAGUCAGCUCAAAAAGAAGCUCGUACAACAAUCACAUCUGAGCUACCGUUGGUACACAGUACCUUUCUUGCUGGCGUUUGAGCCACAUGCUAGCCUGAAGGAGAGCACUCUCACCUGGCUUCGCUCGCGGGCAGCGUUCUUCUCUCAGCAAAUGAAUGGCAAGCGAAGCGACCAGCAACCAGUCAUGGAGUCUCUAUUCUCGCGCCUUCUCUCUCUUCUUGCUUACCACCCCGAUUAUCCUCCUGCCGAUAUGGACGACUCCACCCGGAUUGAGGAGUUGACCGACUUUGCACGCUACAUCUUGUUCUACCUUCAAGCCGUGGGCAACGAACACAACCUGUCGCUGAUCUUCCACAUCGCGCAGCGGGUCAAGCAGACACGGGACGGCAUCACUAAGUCCGAUGAAAUCAGCACGCGCCUUCACACGCUCUCGGACCUCGCCCAAGCGACCAUCCGUCGGUUCGCCGAUAUCUACGCUCAACAGCGCCGGUUCGGCGGUGCAGGCGGCGGCGGCGCCAGCAUCCUGCAGACCUACCCGGGCAAGAUGGGCGUGCCAAGCUCAAUCUUCGCUCCAAUGGGCAGCCAUCGCGAAGCGCAAGAGGUCGCAGAUAUGAACUUCUUCCCCGAAGAUGGCGAAGAUCUGCUGGACCGUGUCGUCCGAUCCGUCAUGAAGACGAAGAGCGGUUCUCACGGCGCCGCGAAGAAGAGAAAGACCGACUCGAACGAGGCGGGCGGCGAUACCGGCUCCGCCAAGAAGCCGAAGAAGGAGAGCAAAGAGAAGCCGGCGCGGCCUCCCCGCAAGUCCUCGGGCUCGGCUGGGACGUCCAAGGCGCCGAGGCGGAAGAAAAAGGAUGAGGACGGGUGGACGUCUGAUGGUGGGGGUGCGGCCGAGGCCAGUUCUGCUGCAGCUGCAGCUGCUCGUAGACGUAGCAGCCGAGGAGCCUCGAGGAGGAUCAGCUACGCCGAUCGAGACAGUGAUGAGGAUGAUCUGGAGAUGGAUGACUGGGAUCAGGGAGAGGCUCAAGAGGAAGACCAGGAAGAGGCAGAAGAAGAAGAAGAGGAGGAGGAGAAGGAGUCGGAGAACGAGGAGCUAUCUGAGGCCGCCGACGUCGACGACGCGGACGAGACCGCCCAAGAAAACCAGAAACCCCAAGCGUCAGACAAACGGCCAACAACAGACGACCUUGAUGAGAUUUCCGACUCGAGCCUCAGCUCGCCAUUAUCAUCGCCACCCCCGAUCUCGCCGCCGAAGAAAGCCACGGGCGGUCGAGGCGCGGCACGGGGAAAGGGAAGCGCCACUCUGGCCACACGGCGGUCAUCCCGGAGAUGACGAUGAUCAAGGGACGAUGAUAAUGAGAACAUAUUUGUGCUGAGUAGCUAGACGUUGCCAAUUUAGUUGCCAGACAUGGACUAUCCAUCUCAAGGGUUGAAGAGUGAGAGAGCAAGCUCGGACGGACACUUCUUCUCGCAGGGGACGAGCCCGAUCUCAUGUUUUAUUCAUGUGUCUAUUUUAUCCUGCUCUAUCUAUUCAUAUCUCUCGGCGGCGGGCAGUGAAUCCUGGGGAAGGGAAUCAGGGUCAGGGGGGCAGGGUGUGUAUGUGAGUGCGGCGAUUGAUGUCUACUCCUAUCAGAAUCCCAUGUAUAG